AUGACAAGACUUAUCCUAUCCACGGCCAAUGUCAUGUUGGCAGGCCCCUCCAUCAUUCGCAAGCCCGGCAACAACAGAUCCAACCUUGAACUCGUCAACUCUCUGCGCGAUACCAUUGCUGAGGCUCAGCGCGACUAUGCGAUCGAUACACCAGGAACCAACGGCUUCACGAACGGCGAUGCGACUAACGGCAACCACACAGCUGUCGAGCUCUGGACCGAAAAAGAGGGCGAUGCGCUAUAUAUUCCUCGUAUUAAUUGGAACGCAGCAGGCCUGCAAGAAGAGCCUAGCCAGUAUGAGAUCACUGUCAAAUUCUUUGCUCUCCCAGGCAUGUCCAACAAUGCCCGGGAGCAACAUGUGAAGGAAGCCCUGGAUCUGGUCCGGAGAGAACUCGGUAUCACCACAAUUGAUUUACUGAUUGUAUCUUUCCCCGGAAUUUCAUUCGAAGGAAACUGUGAGUGGGAGGCAGACAAGACCAACGCUCAUCAAGGAAACCUCGAGGAGGAGCUCGCAACUUGGAAGGUGUUUGAGAGUCUGCACAAGCAGGGCCUCGUGAAGCGCCUUGCAGUGGCCGAAUUCGGCAGCGAGAAGCUCGAGGCUUUUAUCAAGCGCACGACUGUCCGACCUGUUAUUGACCAGAUCAACCUGCGCAACUGCUGCGAUGUCCCACCCCCUCUGAAGAAGCUUGCGGAAGAGGAGGGUGUUGAGCUGCACGUCCACAACGACUGUACUGAUAUUCUUCCACAUGGUACCCUGCGGGAGCUUCUCAGCCACGGACCGAAGGGUGCGGGCCUACUUGCUGAUCCAAGCCACAACGGUGCUGGCUUGACAGGAGAACUUGUCCCUGAAUGGGUCGUGCGAUACACAGCUUUCGUUCAAGACCGAGGCGUCAUAGAAAACAAGGGUUAUUUUGCAGGCGCGGAGCUGAUAGGAUCAUAG